AUGUACACAGCGCACCCACUGGAUUCUGAGCGCUACAGCCUUCGAAUACUUCUCCUAAAUAGAAAAGGAGCUAAGUCAUUCGAUGAGCUGAAGACUGUGAAUGGUGUAAUUUGUAAUAGUUUCAAGUAAGCAGCAAAGGCUCUCGGACUAAUGCAUGAUGACUCCCACUACGAAACUUGUCUGAGAGAAGCGGCAGAGUUUCGAAUGCCACGAGAACUUCGAUCACUUUUCAGUAGUAUUUUAUGUUUUUGCGACGUUACAGAAGCGGGAAAACAUAUUUGUAUACAGCUCUGUAUCACACUCUUUUAGAAAUGGGGAAAAGCGUCAUGUGUGUGGCCUGGACGGGUUUGCUUCUAAUUUGCUACCGCGAAGUAGAACUGCAAGCAGUACCUUUAAGUUGAACAUACACGACGGCUGUAGAACGAGUACGAUGACAAGGGAGCCUGUUGAAGCCAGAGAUUUGCAUGACAUUCUCAUCAUUUUUUGGGAUGAAAUUUCAAUGGUUCCUAAGUGGACAUUGCAAGCGGUUGAUAUUUUGUUGAGAGAUAGCAUGCAAAAUGAAUCGCCAUUCGGGGGUAAAGUUAUGGUGGUUGGGGGAGACUUUCGGCAGGUGCUCCCUGUUAUAGAGAGAGGACGACAGGAAGAUUUGGAAAGCGCGUGCAUUAAGAGGUCUCAUUUGUGGCAGCAUUUUGUCACUCAUCAUCUUUCAGUGAACAUGAGAGCUAUAGCAGAUAGUGGAGAGUGGGCAAGAAUGCUGCUACAGAUUGGAGAGGGAGCAUACCCGGAAGAUGAAAAUAGUUUUAUUGAGCUACCUCCAGCGCUAUAUAGUUCGGGAGAUCUUAUACAGGAAAUUUUUGGUGAAGCAAUCUCAGUGAGUGACAUUGCAGAGCUAGCGGAAAAAGCAAUUCUCGCUCCUAUGAACAUACACGUAGCACACAUGAAUGAUCUUGCGCUAGAACGAAUGUCUGAGCAACUGGAAUUCCGAGUUUACAGAAGCAUUGACGAAGUGGAGAACGCAGACCCAGAAGAUGCAUUCACUUGCCAAGUGGAGCACCUAAAUAAGCUGCAACCAGGUGGUAUGCCCCCGCAUGAACUCAGAUUGAAGCAAGGAUGCAUUGUCAUGUUGCUCCGGAACCUUGAUGUAUCCAAAGGCCUUUGUAACGGCACAAGACUUAUUGUGGAUCAGUUUAGCCAAUACGAGCUUGGAUGCCGCUUUGCUACUGGAAUGAGGAAAAAUGAAUUCGUUCUUAUCCCUCGCAUAGGCCUGUAUACAGAUAAAGGGCUUCCAUUCCGCCGACAAUUUCCGAUUCGUUUGGCCUUCGCUACUGCCAUCAACAAGGCUCAAGGCCAUCGAAAGUUGGAGUCUAUUUACCCGCCAAUGUAUUUUCCCAUGGACAACUAUAUGCUGCACUGUCAAGAACUCGAAAUGCCGACUCCGUGA